AUGGUCGCGGCCCACAACGGCCUCUUCGCCGUCGGCUUCGAGUGCCCGACGCUCGCACGGGCCGGCGUCCAGGCCUUCUUCGUCGUCCAGUGCCUCUGGACGGGCAGCAUGGGGCUGCUCUGCACCUAUGACCCGGCCUGGUCGCCGAUCACGGAGAACGGCCUAUUCACGCGCGGGAAGGAGAAAUUCGCGCAUCCGAACGUCCGCGGCGGCUGGAACGUCCGCGGCGGGUCCAUGUUCCUGCGGGAGGCCUACGACUGCGUCGAGCUGUGCCUCUGCAAGCGGGGCGGCGCCAGGAUCGCCUUCGGCGUCUGGACGAGCCCCUUCGGCCCGCAGCCGCCCCUCGUCGUCUUCCUGGUCAUGAAUAUCCUGGCCCUCCGGGCCGUCGCCGGGGCAUGA